AUGACACUUUCCAGUCGAUUAAAGCGUCGUUUCAAGUUUAUCGGGGAAAAUAUUUCCAUUCACGGCGUGAAAUUUUUAGUCAGCGAUGCUCAUAUUGCUUAUAAAGUCAUUUGGUGUUGCACUUUAUUUUGGUUUUUCUUCAUUAUGCAAGACAUGAUCGUUUCUACGCUCAAACACAGCAAGGCAGAUUCCGUUGCAGUUAAUAUCGACACGUCUUAUGCUCGUUGGGAGAACAAUUUUCCAUCGAUUGCGAUCUGUUUUCGCAAAGAUCGUUCGUGUGAAGGCCUUUUUAGCUUCUUGGAUGAGUAUUUCGGGGACAAUCCCCCGCCCCAAAAACGUUCCUUUUACAGAUUUGCUCAAACUUAUGCUUUUAUCGCGCCCGCAAGGACUGUCAAUGAGAUUUCGCUCGAUGUUUGUUUGGCUUAUAAUGCGACUUGUGGCCUCAAUUUGGAUGUUAUUCAAGCGAAAGCGAUGCCAACGACGUGUUCGGACUUUAUUUUGAGCACGAAAUACCUCGGGGAGGAGAGAAAAUGCGAGGAAUUGUUGACUUUGGAACGAACUGAGAUGGGAAUUUGCUAUACGACGCGAGCUGUGAAGAAACCUUUGAAGUUUUCGCGCAAAAGUCCGUUCCCGAUUCAACUGGAGUUUGAAUAUAAAGCAUCAGAUGGGUAUGGAAUGGAUCUUUUCAUUUUUAGUCCCGGCGAGUCAGUUACGUCUUACGAUACUCCUUUUGCUUUACCCAAAGUUGGAUCUUAUCUCUUUGUGGGACUUUUGUUGACUGAAACAAAGUCCCAAAAGGAAGUUCAAGCAGUAGAUCCGUCAAUCAGACGUUGCAAAUUCACUUUCGAAAAGACUCCGGUUUAUAAUUUCCCGUAUAGCGUUGCAAAUUGUCACAUGGAGCUCCGAAUUCAGGAAGAAAUGAAGGCUUGCAAUUGCACGGCGCCCGUUAAUCGAUAUCCGCAUCUCAAAUAUUGCGAUAUUCAUGGCUUGAAUUGCUUAAAAACGAUUAAGAGGAAGGGUGUUCCGAAGAAUUCAGACGAUCCAGUUGUUGAUGAUUCAGGAUGUGUGGCGUUAUGUACUGAAAUGCAAAUAACUGUUACGGGAAAUUACAUGAGGGAGUCUCGUGAGUUGGCGGGCAAGGGAAAAGUUAUUAUUGAGAUAACGAAUUUGCCGAAUAUGAGAUAUAUUCGAACUUUGAUGACGAAGGAUUUGGAUAUUAUUGUUAUUUGCAGUUCAAUUGUGGGCCUUUUCACGGGAGCUUCAAUCUUGAGCCUUCUCGAAAUUUUCUAUUUGAUAAUUUUUCGCAAAUACACAAAUAUGUAA